AUGGCUUCAUCCUCACGAGCGCUACGAGGCCUCUCCGUCCGCGCCUUUUCGAUAUCGGCCCCGGUCGCCGAAGAGAUCGCCGCAUCCACAGCCGCCGCCGCAGCAACGACACAACCUCCGCCGCCGUCUUCUCCCGCCGCAGACAAUGUCUUGUCCUCCCUCGCCGCAGACAACGUCUUUACGCCCAGAGCAGAGCGCAAACUCCUCCGUACCCGUGGCCUCACUCCCGUCGGUUCUCGCAGACGCCGCGCCGCCAUCCUCUCCGGCUCGCGAAUCCCCUUCGAGCAGCUGCCUUACCAAUGCUUCCAAGAAGCCCGCAAAGUCCUGAUUCAACACCGUCAAGAGAAGGUCAAGGACAUUGAGACGGAGCGCCAGAAGAUUUCCAGACUCAGGGCCACCCAAGUCGAGCCUCAGAAUGAGCAACGGCACCAGCACCGCGUCAACAGUAUGGAGCGCUACUUGGACCAGCUCAAGAUUCACGCAGACAUCAACGACCCCAUGCCCAUCUACCGCUACCUCGCCGACAAGAAAUGGCGCCAGUACGACCGCAUGAUCAUUAUGCAGCGCAUCACUCAGAUGAACGUUGUCCCCGACGUCCUUCCCUCCAUCGAUCCCACCCUCAACGUCUCGCUCUCAUUCGGCCCCCGCGACGUCCAGCCCGGUGAAUUUGUCGACAGCAGAGUGUCCGAGAUCCCCGGCCAUCUCAACAUUCAACCCUACGACAAGGGCGAGCGCUACGUCACCAUUGCCAUAGUCAACCCCGACGUGCCCAAUACCUCCGUCUCUCUCGCCAAGCUGGGCCAAGACCAGGUCAUCCUCCCCUGGCUGCCUGCAUACACUCAGAAGGGUCUCGCAUACAGCCGCAUGUCCAUCUUCGUCCUCGAGCAAAAGGACGGCCAGAUCCUGGACGCAUCCGCUCUAUCACAGCGCUACGAGCACAACGACUUCAUCCUGAGGAGUUUCGUCGACAGACAUGUCUUGAAGCCCGUCGGUGUCAACUUGUUCAGAAGCAGACACGAUGAAGGUACUGCUGGUGUCAUGCAAAGAGCAGGAAUCCCUGGUGGUGACGUCGAAUUCAAGAGGAAGAAGAUUGAGCCUCUGCCAUACAAGAAGCUGCCUGGUUCGAGAUACAGGUAG